AAUAUAUAUUCUAUAUAGAAGAGCUUUGACAGCCUCCUCCUCCGAGGAAACGGCUUUUCUGAGACUGCUCCGACAGCGCGAUGAGUUCUGGUUAAUUGAGUUUUACACCCUUUAAAAUAUAUAUAUUAAACUGAACUACAACUCCCAUGUAGACUGCGCAUAUGAACUGGGCAGGCUGAAUGGGAGCGAUUAUCGUACAUAAAUACAAACAAGCGUGAGUCGUGAGUGAGGAGUGGAUACAAUGAUGUUACAGACUAUAAGUGACUAUUUUUGGUGGGACCGGCUGUGGUUUCCUGGUAACCUGACCUGGACAGAUUUUGAAGACAGAGAUGGACUCGUCUUUGCCAAAGUUUCACAUCUGUUCAUCACAGUGCCUUAUGCUGUAGCUUUUAUGGUGAUCAGAUAUGUCUUUGAAAGGUUUAUAGCGACACAUAUAGGGAAAAAAAUCUUUGGACUCCGGGAAACUGUUAGACUGAAGGCUUCGGAGAACAUAGUCCUAGAGAAAUAUUUCAUCACCCGCUUGAGGAAUCCAUCACAGUCAGAUCUAGAAGGAUUGGCAAAAAAGUGCAACUGGACGGUGCGAAAGGUGGAAAGAUGGUUUCGAAGAAGACGCAACCAGGAGAGGCCAAGUGUACUGAAAAAGUUCAGGGAGGCUUGUUGGAGAUUUGUGUUUUAUCUCUCAGCAUUUAUUGGAGGCUUUGCAGUUCUGUACGAUAAACCGUGGUUCACAGAUACCCUGGAAAUAUUCCAUGGAUUUCCAAAGCAGACGUUGUUGGAUUCGCAGUACUGGUAUUACAUAAUUGAGAUGAGUUUUUAUUGCUCGUUGCUGUUCAGUGUCGCCUUUGAUGUGAAAAGAAAGGACUUUAAGGAGCAAAUCAUCCACCAUGUAGCAACGCUUAAUUUACUGGCGUUUUCCUGGUGUUGCAAUUACAUCCGAGUUGGAACGCUGGUCAUGCUCAUCCACGAUGCCUCUGAUGUUUUAUUGGAGUCUGCAAAGAUGUUUAAUUACGCUGGAUUUACAACGAUCUGCAACAGCCUGUUUGUGUUAUUUACAAUUGUGUUCAUCAUCACCAGGCUGGUCAUCUUCCCUUUUUGGAUUAUCCACUGUACCUGGUUUUACCCAGUUCUUUUCUUCCCCCCAUUCUUUGGAUAUUAUUUCUUCAAUGCGAUGCUCAUAGUUCUACAGAUGCUACACAUAUUCUGGACGUAUCUGAUACUACGGAUGGUGAAAAAAUUUAUCUUUGGAAAUAUGGUUGGUGAUGAGAGGAGUGACCAUGAAGAAGAAGAGGAAGAAGAAACAUCACAAGAGGAAGGAGAUCAGAGAAUGAGGAAUGGAUCCGCAACGGGGAGAUAUCCAGGUCCAAAGAGUCAGCGUGAUCAUUAACGCUGACGCACACACACACGCCACCGCCUCCUGCAGCCCUGCUCUGGCUGUGUCCUCAAGGAAACCCAAACGGCACUCUGAAGAUGUGUGCAGUCUGCUGCCAGCUGGAAGUAUUGAUGAAAAACACAAUGUGCACAUCUGAUUUAUUGCUGCAGGUCCUGGAACAGAGCCCAGUAAAAAAUGUGCUUAAUCCAACAGAACGUAUAGACAGCCUUGCACACGCACACACACACACACACACACACACACACACACACACACACACACACACACACACACACACACACACACACACACACACACGCUUUAACAUAACUCAUAAAGCUCAUUAAACAGAGUACUGUGCCAGUGAAGGUACAUUUGUAAGGGUAUACAAAUCAGUUUGCUGUAUGUAGCUAAAUAUUUUGUAGUAUUAUUAGAUAUUUUUUGUAUUCUGUUAUAUGUGUGUGUGGGUAUAUCUAUAUAUAUCUAUAUAUCUAUAUAUAUAUAUAUAUAUGUUUUUGUUACAACAAAGCCAUAUUGGCUACCUUAGACUAAAGAAAGAAACCUUAAAUUGAACACAUCGUAUUUAAUUGAAGUUCUUGGUCAGUAAUCCAUUACAGUGUAUUUUACUGAAAAAGGACAGUUGCUAAAAGUCCCACUUAUAUGUGACAUUAGGUUACUUUCAAAGAGUGAGUUAAAAAAGAAAGAAAGAAUACAAGCCAAAAUACAGUAUUCCAACUAAAACCAAAAAAUACAUUUUCUGGGGUGUUUCUCCUCAAUUUACAAGGUUCUUGGUAUGACUUGGGUGUCUCCCCCUCAUAUAUUUCAGUUACAUAUAAAAACAAAGCUGCAUGUUCAAUCACAAGUAGUCAUUACGGAUGUGUUUGUUUUUCAUAACUUGUUUUUUAAACUUUUCAUAACUUGUUCUAUCUGGCAAACAUCAUACUGGGAAGGGAGGGGGGGUGGGUCAGUAUCUUUUUACAAAAUCUAUGAAACAUACUUGUCAUUCUUGUGAGUUAUGACAAAGAAUUCUUAAGCAACAUUCCAAAGCUGGUUGCUAUGCAUUCCUGUAUGUUAUUGUGUUAGAACCGUUGGUUUGGAAGGGUGGAAAGAGCCCUUUUUAUUUCUUAAAUUAGAAACAGAUUCACUGAAAAGAACCAUGGGGUCUAGUCAAUUAAUUGAAACUGCGGCAGAUCUUAAUACCACCCUUGUUGCAAUCACUAAAACAGGUCUCGUCCCUGGUGUUUUCCAUAUUUAAAAGACAUAAACACUAAAGAGACUCAAAUGACCUGUUGGAUGAUUUAUUUGCAUAUCCCAGGUACCCAAAGAGACUCAAAUGACCUGUUGGAUGAUUUAUUUGCAUAUCCCAGGUACCCAAAGACCCCUGUUCUGGAUUUGCUGUUGUUUAGAUCAGCUGAAGAGAUCAAAUGAAACUUAUUGGAGUAUUUCUAUGGGUAAUUUCUUUAAAACCAGGUGUUUCUUUUUUUUCUUCUGAUAAAUAGUUUUACUAAAUUCAAUAAAUAUUUUUUAAAGUGA